UUAUUUAUUUUUUUUUUUCAUUUUUUGCUUGAAUAAUCAUUUUAAGUUAUGAUGUUUCUGUUGAAAGUUUUUGUUUGCUUUUGAAAAGUUCUUCCAACUUUUUUACCACUCGUCUUUUUCUCUUUUUAUUUUUGAGUAUUGGUAACAGGGCUUUGGAUUCCCAGCAUGUAUAGCCCAGAGAAUUUUUAAUUUUAUAUUUUGAAGCAAGUUAUCAUGUAAUAAUGACUUUGAUAUGCUCUUUACAGAAUGUUUAGUUUAGUCUGAAUAUUUCUGAUUUUGUUGAUUUAACUCGAGCGUUCUGUGUUGAGAUUUAGUUAAUUUUCAUUGAGAUGUCACUGCCUUUUAUGGUAAAUUGUUAACAUUAAUUCGCUGAUUCUUUAUGGUUCUUAAAUGAGUGAUUCUGGAGGGGCCGGACCUCGGCACCUGGUCAAUCACCUAGGAGCUGACAAUGUUAUUCUUUGUAUGUAACUGUUAGAAUAGUUGGGGGCUUUUCUUUUUAGCUUUUGGCUUUUGCCAGUUUGAACUCAACCUUUUCUUUUUAUUAUCAUUAAAAUAGAUUUGCCUGUUCUGCUUCAGAAUAAUUGGUAUAAUUACAAUAUCUGAGGAGAAUAUAUUGGAGUUGCUAAUGGAGUAAUGGGUUACAGUCGCAGCUUAUGAUCCCUUUCUUGGAACGACUUUUGUUCUUCACCCUGUUUUAGCAUCAAACUGGCUACAAAGUUGUUGUGUUCGAUUGCCAAUAUUAUGGUGGACUGCAAAGUUUUAUAUUUGUUUGCUUAGGGGUAGCCCCUAUCUUCUGACUGAUGCGUGUUCAUGCUAUCUUUCAUGAAGUUUUGAUUCUUUUGAAGGUCCUUUUGCCUCCAUGAUUUUUAAAGUGACUCAUCAUUUUACCAUUCAAUGACCAGCCCAAAUUGUGCUCCAGAAUCUCUCGAAUGCAAUUACAGCAGUUCUGAGUUGCAACGCCGGGUCAUGAGUAACAAUCCAAUUGGUCUCUCAUGUCAAGAGAAAAUAAACCAGGAAGAUGUCAUUCAAUCUUCAUAUUCUGCUUGUGAAGGGAAUAGUUGCACGACUACUAAAAUUAACUGCUCGUCCGUAGAUGUUUUUGAUAAUAAUGCUGAUGGUAUUGGUGCAUUUGAGGCACCAUCCAGUAUGAAACCCUCAUUCUCAUAUGUUGACAAAAGUGUCACAGAAUGUCAAGUGUCAAAAACAAUAGUCUGUGACCAAGAAAUUAAUGUCAAUGAUGUGAAGGAUAUCUGCAUUGAUGAAGGGGUAUCUUCUCUGGACAAUUUCUUCUUUAAGUGUACGGAAGAGAAGUCAAUUAGUAAAAUCAUGCCUCUGGAGGAAGACCAAAAUGAAGGAUCUAUAAAAGAAAAAGAGAAUUCUUCCGAGGUGUCCAAGUUCAUAGCAGAUGAUCAUAAAGUUUAUUUAGAGGAUCAUUUUGCCAUGGAGUGGACUACUCAUGAUGAUGCAAAGGACUUGACACAGAUAGAGGAAGAAAAAUUCAAUCUGAGUGAGCCAAAAGUUUUGAUGCAAAAGCUAGUUAAAAGAAGUUAUUCGUCCGAGUCUUUAGACAACAUAGAUGUUCAGAUAUCCGGUGAAAAAGUAAACUCGGAAGACCCUUCUUUGGCUUCCAAAUCUGUUGAAUCUUGCAAUGGUACUCCUGCUCUGGGUGCUGCGGCAAAACCACCAAAUGAUAAUAACAUCCCAACGCAUCCUUCAGGUUGUACUAAUGAAUCUGAGAAUGGAAGUAUUACACUUAAUUUCAAUUCAAUCUCUCCCGUGGCCAAUGGUGGAGAAGAACAUCAUGGAAAUCCCAACUUAAACUAUCCAGCACCCAUGACCAGCAGUGCAGGAACACAGGAGUGUCAUGAAAGAAGUGAUUCUGUAAUUGGAACUCAAGUUUCAACCAAUCUGGAACAUAGAACUUCAGAUAGUAGACUAGUUUCAAAUCAGAGCCUGCACGACAUUGGCGAGUCUAGUUUCUCUGCUGUAGAUCCACUAGCUAGUCUUGUUACUUACUCAGGACCAAUAGCUUAUUCUGGAAGCAUCUCGCUUCGAUCAGAAAGUAGCACAACAAGCACACGUUCUUUUGCCUUUCCUAUAUUACAGUCUGAAUGGAAUAGUAGCCCGGUUAAAAUGGUAAAAGCUGAACGUAGGCAUUACCGGAAGUAUCGAGGUUGGAGGGAGGGCCUUCUAUGUUGCAAAUUCUGACUGGUUGAGUUAGAUUCUGUUUGUGCAUCAUCCAAAUUUAUUUUCACAUACAUGUAAGUAGAUGUAUUAUUUACUGGAGGUUAUGCAUUUCAUUCAAUAGUCAUUCUUUACAGUUUGGCCUAUUAUGUGAAAUUUAAGGUAUCCUCAUCUCUCUCUCUGUGGAAAAUUUCUCCAGUAGAGCAUAUUUCUCCACUAUGCUUGUAAACCAUGGCUCUUUGAUUUAUAUAAGGAUGGCAUGACAUGGUUGCUCUGUUUAGACUGAUAUUAUAGCCAUGAAAUUGGAUAGAA